AUGUCCGCUCGAAGGCUCGGUUCCGGCAAGAGCAUCCCAGACGACGCAACGUGGAUCGAGUUCCCAAGGUCAGACGGGGACGCGAGCUUGCUGCCCACGAAUACCGAGCGCAUCGUCGAUGCCGAGGGAUGCGUCAACUUUAUGCGUCCAGUGUUGAUUGACGAGGGCGCCGCUGCGACCUGGCGGAUCGGGAUUGGAGCUCACUUGGCGAAAAGGAUGGGUCUUCCUGAAGGACCAAAAUACGUCCUGAAGAGCUUCCCCACAGGGUAUCAUAUGUAUGACCACAACAAGGGUCCCGCAGCCGCUCCCAGACAUGACCUAUAUCUCUGUGGAUCCAGGAACGUCAACAGGUUCCGUUCAAUGAAUGAAUUCAUCCCCCACGCCGUGUGGCUGUUUCAAGAUGCUAGCUUGAAUCGUGCGAACUGCGAGUGCAAGUAUUGCUCGAAGAAACCACAGCGUGUUGUCACAGACAUCCUUGAACUGCCCACCAAAAAUCGCUCCUCGGCGACGCCGAGUAGCACUCCUAAUAGAGUUCCGCGCCGGCAUCGGGAGGUCCGCACCAUAAAACCUCCUCCUUAUGCCGCGGUCAGACGUGCCGCAAAACCCUUCAAGCAAGUGACAGAGCCGGGCCCGCAGCAGACUUUGACCCCAGAACGCGAUGUUGACAUACGCGCAAGUCACACUCAAGGGGAAGCGAGGAGGUGGUUUAGGAAAGGCGAGCUGCUGUGGUGUGUGUUAGACCCUCCCAUUAUGGGCCCUUCUCCAGAACAGAGUAUCCAGUAUUGGCCAGGACUAGUCGAAGAUGUCUACGUCAAGUCGGAGGGGGUGAAAUGUCCAGGCUCCGAAGGAAAUAACGGGGACGUCGACCUCUCCAAUUUAUAUGUGCCGGAACCAGAAGCAGAAUCUGCUCCCUCCCCUCGCCAAUCCCACGAACCCUACGUUCCACCAGCCGGCGCCGAGAACGCGACAUUACCGUGGACUGUGCGUCAGUGGAAUGUGUAUUCGAUGAAGCUGCUUGCUGUGACACACGAGUAUGUGGUUUCUGAUCAUCAGCUUCUGCCCUAUCUCGCCCAGGUUCCAUCCGAGGAGCUUUUGCAUGCCAUUCAGGACGAGCUAUUCCAGUUCCUGCGUACCGUUCCCAUUGAGGAAAUGGACACCAAUCUCACAAAAAUUUAUCCGUUCAACCCAGUGUCCGCUGGGGAUUCCUCAAAUCACGAGUUCGUCCGCGAACGGUUCAAGCAAGCCGCCGCACCAUAUACGCUUGCAGUUCAAAUUGCAUCACACCUCAUGCGCUUCUGGGGGCCUACCGAUGAUUGGGAGUGUAAGUUUGUGAUCCCUCCAAAUCUUGCUGGGCCCGCACCAAACGCGCCCGGUUCUGCGUCUGCACCCAGCCUGCAUUCGCUUAUAUCUCAUUCCAUGUCGAACAAUGCCGCUGCGGACAGCACACGUGCAGGUGCUCGGAAUACACCGGACGGCGUGCACAAACCAGCGGCAAUGUCUGCUGCAGACUUCCAAACGCUCAAGUCGCGGAUAUUGGGACAACCUGCGCAGUCAGCCGAUGGCUCGUUGACGGUCUCGCAGACGCGCUAUCAAGGGCUGUGGUGGGGAGCGGAACGCAUCUGGACCGACGAGCUCGUGCGCUUGAAGCUAGCGCGGCGUCAGUUUGCGCCUGAAGGCACCGAUUCUGUCUUUCCUCCGUCAGGUCCAUCUGAUGAUACAAAACAGCAUGCAGAGAAAGUGGAAUGUCUUGCCGACGUCAGCGAAAAGGCGAUGGGUGCUAGUGAGAAAGGCCUCUUCCUGCAAUUAGAGGGGCUGCUGGUGGUUGAUGUGGCCAAAUCCGACGGCUCGGGCACCAAGAAGGAGUGCCGAGCAAGUGGGACCUUGUACGAACUUGCUGACGAAGAGUGGGCGGAGGGACCAGUACCGUCUGGGGCACGACCAGCGACCACCGCUGGUUCCGAGGGUGGAGACUCCAAGGGAAAGGGAAAGGGGAAGGGGAAGGAAGUCGUGCGCGACAACGUGGAUCCCGAGACAGAACGAGCGUCCACUCCUCAACAUGCUGUCCGAAGCUCACCUAGUAUAUCUCAAGCUGGCGCUGGCCCGUCCUUUAUGCCAGGACCCUCGCCCCUCAAGGCGCCGCCACUGUCGAACCCCGAUCCUUCUGUACCCAUGGAAGAGACAGCGGCAGCAGCGAUCUCCCAAACUGUUCCGUCUCAACAACAUUCUCGGAAAGAGCGCAUGGAUGACCAACUCUCACAUCCAAUUCUCUCCACGCCCUAUCCACUCCCCGAGCCGCCAAGAGGAUUCCGGUUUCGCGCUAUCCAUUCACCAGACCACGAAGUCGUGUUGUCUCUAUCGUAUAUUAGCGGGAGAUACUACCCACACUUGUUCUCUCACCCACUCAUGGCCCCUGUCAUCGAGAAUGCACGCAACAUACCUCAGGAAGCAGGUGGCUUGUACGCGAGUAGGCAUCUUUGGGCCAUGCAAGGCUUGUUGCCGGGGAUACAUCAAGCGAUGGAGUCGUCCGCGUGGAAGCCGUCUCGAAAGAUGAUGUUCACCGAGGCCGACGCUGAAGCUCGUGAUCAUUUCAAGGCACUGUGGGACCAAAUCAAGUACGAGAGGCAACAAGCAAUUGAUGGAGUUAGAGAUAGUCCUCAACGCCGCGAACAGGAAAUCGAGAUUAUCGACGUCGAUAUGCUGCCCUCUGUGUAG